CCUGAGAAGAAGUGAAGGAACUCGUUUCAGUGAGGGCUCUCAAUUUAAUUUUAAUCCUAUGCAGAAAUUUUCUCCUCUAUUAUACCUAUGUUUUAUCUUGUGUUUUGCAGAUCUCUUACAAUGGCUGAGUAUUGCUUUCCUAAUAAGAAAUAAUAAUAAUACAUCUUAAUUGGUGACAUGGUUUGGCUGUGUCCCUGCCCAAAUCUCAUCUUGAAUUGUAGCUCCCAUAAUUCCCAGGUGUUGUGGGAGGGACCUGGCAGAAGAUAAUUGAAUCGUGAGGGCAGUUUCCCCCAUGCUGUUCUUGUGGUAGUGAAUAGGUCUCACAAGAUCUGAUGGUUUUAUUUUUUUGUUUUUUUAUUUACUGGGGCGGAUGGAGUUUUGCUCUUGUUGCCCAGGCUGGAGUGCGGUGGCACAAUCUCGGCUCACUGCAACUUCCACCUUCUGGGUCAAGCGAUUCUCCUGCCUCAGUGUCUCGAGUAGCUGGGACUACAGGCGUGUGGCACCACGCCCAGCUAAUUUUUGCAUUUGUAGUAGAAACAGGGUUUCACCGUGUUGGCUAGGCUGGUCUCGAAUUCCUGACCUUAGGUUAUCUGCCCGCCUCGGUCUCCCAAAGUGCUGGGAUUACAGGCGUGAGCCACUGUGCCUGGCUGAUCUGAUGGUUUUGUAAGGGGUUUCCGCUUUUGGUUGGCUCUCAUUCUCUCUUGCCUGCUGCCAUAUAAGACAGGGCUUUUGCCUUUUACCAUGAUUGUGAGGCCUCCCAAGCCAUGUGGAACUGUGAGUCCAUUAAACCUCUUUUUCUUUAUAAAUUAGUCAGUCUUGGGUAUGUCUUUAUCAGCAGCGUGAAAACGGACUAAUGCUAUUGGUCCGCCCUCCUUCGAUGAUGUGGUAUCUGGUGAAAGUUUGGGGUUAUGGAUCUUUUACUAUAUCUGCAAAUGGGGGCCUCCUUCAGCUUCCAGCUUCCUUAGACAUAGACCUUUGCCUGUCACCUGCAUGUCUGUCUGGGACCUGUACUCAGAGGAUGCCCCGCAUGGUACGUGUCACAAAGCCCAAGGUGACAUCUUUGGGGCAAGCUAUUCUGCACGUCCUCAAGGCCUCUGUGUUUGCUAAACGUGAAAUUCAAGUGUGCUUAGCUAGCUGUGUGGGAGUCUUCAGUAUGCAGGCAAAGCCUCCUCAUUGCUUCAGGGCUGGAGGUGGCUGAGAUGUGUGUGAGAGCUUUCUGUCGAGGUUCAGGGUGCUUCCUACCUCUGUCCGGUGGAGCCUUGGCUGUUGUGAACAGAGGACCUAUGAGAACCUCAGGCCUUUGAUAUUGCCUUGGAUUUGUGACUCCACCACCAUGUUGCUGAAAGUACCAAGAUGUACCCACAUGAACCCUUCAGUGCACAGAUUGUCAAAAACUCUAAGAAUAUUGUUUGCCCAUUUUAAGAAAAUGCUCACAUAUCAGCUGCCCCACCACCCCCUUUUAGGCAUUUAACAAUAUUCUGGUUAUAGGUCUUUAACUACAAUUUGCAUAAUGUAAACAUAUGACUGACUCUUAUAAAUCUGUUUCUCAUUUGUAUUGGACUUAAUUUUUUUGUUGUUUUCAAGAAUGUACUAUAAUAAAUAUUCAUAAGCUCCAAGACAUCUCACUAUGGACCAUUCGUUAUAUAUAAUAGCACUUUAAAUAACAUUUCGAAAUGUUUUCCUACUGCUGUGGGCUCAAUUGUGUUGGCUGUGAUUUUGCAUGGUUUCAAAAAAAGCACUCAGGUGUUCCUGGAGCCCCACGCUCUCGCUCUUUAAUCCGGUAUUUGGAAGCAGACACGAGUUCUUUCCCAAACACAUCGCACAUUUCCAGAGCAUGUCUUGUGGCUUGAAGCAUGUGGACUGUGCAGCAGCCGAUGCUAUCAGGGACCCUCUUCACAGCUUUGACAAAUGUGUCACCUCCCCUCUAUGCUUAGCUGUGACCGUGGAGAAUGCUAUCACUAGUUCCUUUGCCACUUUCUUGGAGAAGUUCUAUUUGUGAAGGCCGUGCAUGUUUGUGUGUUUGUGUGUUUAAAUGGAAGCUAAAGGAGUCAGAAGCUGUUUGAUAAGCCCUGGGUAUGAGUUAAUUAUUGAUAAGGUGGUUGAACCCAUCACAGUCACUUCCGAUAACUCCGCAAGCAAAUGAAAAACAUCCCGGAAUUGUGAAUUCCCCUGUGGCAAGUGGUUAUCGUUCGUGGUGGCAGUCUGCUGUUACGAGCUAAGUAAUGAAGCUUUCCGCCUUUCCCCUUUAAGAAACUGUGACUGCACUUUCCACAGAGCGGGGGUGAGAGCAGGUGCCCUUGUCCCCGAGGCUCCUGGCGGGCUCUUUCUGGAUGCUUCUCUGGACAGAGGCUGGUUUAUAUUCUUUGAGGGGACAUGGCUGAAGGCUGCCAGGAACCCCCUUUCCUAGGUUGCUCCUGUGCCUUUGCAAGGACUUCAGCUUCCACUUACGUCUCCUUAUUUGUUACUUCAUUCAUUUCCUUUCGUUAUUCUCAUUUGUUAAUUAUUAAUGGAUCUCAAAUGUUUAUACAUAUUAAAAAACUUCUCUCAUCAAAAAAGUUGGGGCCUUUUUCUGAUCUUCCGUGUAAACUCAAAACCACUCAUCCUAGCCUUCAAGACUGACAUCAGAUGAUGACCUUCAGCUUUUCUCAUUUCUUCCUGUGUCCUGUGCUGCAUAAUAGGAUGAAUAUGGACUUUGACGUCGGAUGGAGCUGACUUGGAAUCCUGGCUCUGCCAGCUGACUGGCAGAGGGGUUGUGGCUGUUUACAUAAAGGAAUCCUGGUGCUCCACGGAAGAUGCACUAAGAACCUCUGAUCCUGCAAGAGAAGGGUUGAUGAAGGUUCAGUCGUUUGGGGAAAGGGUUGUGCUUUUCAUUCUAAACGCCAUUAUUUUUGGAAGAUUGGAGAGAAAUUUGGAUGAUGAUGACAUGUUUUUUCUACCUCACUCUGUGAAGGAACAAGCUAAAAUCCUGUGGAGACGUGGAGCGGCUGUUGGGUUUUACACAACCAAGAUGAAAGGCAGACUGUGUGGUGAUGGCACCGGUGCGUGCUACCUGCUGCCUGUCUUUGACACCGUGUUCAUCAGGAGGAAACACUGGCGCCGAGGCUUGGGAACAGCCAUGCUGCGGGACUUCUGUGAGACAUUCCCAAAGGACAAGGCCCUGGGGGUUAGCUGCCCGAUGUCUCCUGCCAUGUACCAAGCACACCCAGGAAAUUCCGAGGACGUGAGCCGUCAUGCGAGGACUUCUCAGAAUGACAGACCCAGACAGCCUGGCCCUGGAGACGGCAGCAAGGAGAGGAUGUGUGGAGAAGAAAUGGAAGACACAAAGAAUGAUCCAGAGUGUGGAGUGGAAGAGGAGGAUGCCAGGCUGGCAGGGCAGCCACCAGGCAAGCUUACAAGGCCCAGUCCCUGACGUCUCCAGACGCCCAUCUGGGCCAGGUCCAGAGGCCUGCCUGGGCUCCCAGGAUACGGGUCUGAGACUUGUGUGGCUGGGAGCGUACCUUCCCUGGGGAUCUUUGAGGGGCCAGUGACCCCACGGGCCCCACCUACCUCUGAGGUGGGCUCAGGCUCUAGAGUACCUGAGAACGUGCUGCGCUCAGCAUGCGACACCGUGCCACAGGGAGGAAAUAUUUCCCUAAGUUAAUUGUUGACAGUUCCUAAACGUUUCAGAAGCUUACUCGUUAAAACUAACGUGGUUUCUGUUUCUCAGGAUAAAUUGGUGGGACUUUACCGGAACCACAGGGAUGUUUUACUGAAUGUACCUCUUUCCUUAUAGAAGUUUAAAGAUGCUCAGGAAGGGGCCACACCCGUUCCAUCUGGGCUGUAGAAACCCAUUGCAGGUUUGUGCAUGCCAGCCCUGCUGUUGCCGUGAGACUACGGACACCAAAGAGGUUUGCAGGGGUACACGUGUCCUUUCCAGACACCAAAGAGGUUUGCAGGGGUACACGUGUCCUUUCCCGGGAGGCUUCAGCCACAUCAGGAGUGCCUUGAGGGCAGGGGCAGUGGCUGGAUGGUGCCUACUGUAGGCCUGGAGCGCUCUUCUGGCCUGGUAUACAGAAGGCACUCAGAGAGCUCAUAUGGGAAGCACUGGGUAGGAAUUUGGGCAGAUCGUGCUUCUAGAAUAUUGGUGGCCUUGAGUGGAAAGGCUUGUGGUAGUAAAAGUAACUAAAAAUGAUAGCCUGGCUCGAAUGUGACAUUGGCUUCCCCCUUCUCAAAUACUGAUGGAGCCCUGCUUGGUAGCUUGUGUAUGGCCGCUCUUGGGAUGCAGAGACAAGGACCUGCUCUUAGGCCCCAGAUCCAAUGGACUAGGCAGAGUUGUCCCAGGGCCGCCUGCCGUCCUCAAGGGUGGGGCGCAAAUCCAGGCUGCUUUAGGGAGCCCAAAGCCUGCUCCCCGAGAGCUGGGGUGGUGCUUUCUCUGCAAUUGGGCCCAGCCUUGAUGAUUUCAGUAGGAUUUUUCCCAGAGAAAGCUGGUCAGGCCCUCUUGAGGCAGACAACCCAAGUUCUUGCCCCUCCUUUUGGGAAAAUGCAAAUCCAAUCCCAUUGCCGAGGACAUCCCAAACCCCUCUGUACUCAUCACUGACUUUGGAGAAGCCAGGGGCCCUGCUGCCUCUGCUCCUUGCCAUUGGAGUUCAGCUGCAGGGUCAGCCCUGGGCUGCCUGGUUACUUUGUUGACAGAAGAAUAGGGUUUUACCUUUUUAGGAUGUAAUAAAGCCCCUCCUGUGGCCUGGUGAGGAGACUACCAACAGUCCCAAGUUCUGGGAAUAUAUCAUCUGUUCCCUUGAGCAGUCAAAGGACACACAUGGUGGGACCUGUUAUUUAUUCAUCCAUGCACCCAGCUGUCCAUCUGUCUGUCCGUCCAUCCAUCUAUCCAUCCAUCAUCCAUCCAUCCACCUAUCCAUCCAUCUAUCCAAUCCAUUCAUCAUCCAUCCAUCCAUCCCUCCAUCCAUCCAUCCAUCCAUCCCUCCAUCCAUCCAUCCAUCCAUCCAUCCAUCCAUCUAUCCAUCCAUCAUCCGUCCAUCCUCCAUCCAUCAUCCAUCCAUCCAUCCUCCAUCCAUCAUCCAUCCAUCCAUCCAUCCAUCCAUCCAUCCAUCCAUCCAUCCAUCCAUCCUCCAUCCAUCUUCCAUCCAUCCAUCCUCCAUCCAUCCAUCUAUCCAUCCAUCCAUCCAUCCAUCCACCAUCCAUCCAUCCUCCAUCUUCCAUCCAUCCAUCCAUCCAUCCAUCCAUCCUCCAUCCAGCCAUCCAUCUAUCCAUCCAUUUAUCAUCUAUCCAUCCACCCAUCCAUCAUCCAUCCAUUCUUCCUCCCUCCAUCCAUUCAUCCUCUAUCCAUCCAUCAUCCAUCCAUCCAUCCAUCCAUCCAUCCACCCAUCCUCCAUCCAUCCAUCAUCCAUCCAUCCAUCCAUCCAUCCAUCCACCCACCCAUCCUCCAUCCAUCCAUCCAUCCUCCAUCCAUCAUCCGUCCAUCCAUCCAUCCAUCCAUCCAUUCUGUUGUACAAUAGAUAUUCAGCAUGCUUUCUCAGGGACAUGCUCUGUGCCGGGGACAGGGGAUAUAAGUGAGGUAUGGAUACUGGCCUCAGGAAACUCUCUUCUCUUUGGAGGAAUCUCUUCUGGAGUGUUCCACUGGAGUUUUCAUCUCUCUUGCACCCAUUACAAAGAUGGAAGGGUCCAAUUGACUAGAAAUAUAGUUUAGAGCUUCAUAUGGAGACAUCGUGAAGCCUGCCUCCCCCCUCCCCCUUACACUUGGGCUCUCUGUGCAGGUGGCACAGACCAUAGAAGGAGAGUGAAGUCUACAGCCUAGAGGGUGCCCUGUGUGUGGUGUCAGAUGCAACCUUUCACAUGGGAUGUGUGUGCUGUGAGCAUUGUGCUAUUUGAGAUGAAUGGUUAAUAUUUUGUGUUUACAUGAAAAUAAAUGUUUAAAAAUGUC